AUGUCAGGGAAGGUGUUGGCCGUAGUUGGCGGCGGCGUCGUCGGUCUCGCAGUUGCUAGACACGCAGCUCGUCGCGGCCUACAAGUUGUGGUUCUCGAGCGAAACGCAGCCAUUGGACUGGAAUGCUCAAGCCGGAACAGCGAGGUGAUUCACGCCGGCAUUUACUACCCAAAGAACAGCCUCAAAGCUACGCUAUGUGUCCGAGGAAAGCAUCUGUUAUACGACUUUUGCCGCGACUUCCACGUCCCGCACCAACGAUGCGGCAAGCUCGUCGUGGCCACCUCAUCAAACCAAGUGGACACUCUUCGUCAAAUUCAGGCAAAAGCGCAGGCCAACGGCGUGCACGACAUUGAAAUUAUGUCCAAAGCGCAAGUGGCGAGGUUGGAACCUGACGUUCACAGUGAAGGGGGCCUGCUGUCGCCGUCCACUGGUAUCGUCGACUCGCAUGCAUUCAUGCUCGCUUUGCAAGGAGAUGCCGAAGCGCACGGCGCCAGCUUUGCGUUCCACUGCUCCGUGGACAGCGGCGACUGGAACGCUUCAUCCAACGAGUUCCUUCUCCGCUAUCAAAUGGACGACGACGGCGCUACGUUGCACGAGCUGCCGUGUGACUUUGUGGUCAACUGCGCCGGGCUGGGCGCCCCAUUCGUUGCCAAUUCGUUCCCCUACCCUAUCCAGUUUGCAGUACCUACGCCUUCGAUGUUUGCCAAAGGCAACUACUUUCGCUUGUCCAACACUGUCAAGCCCUUUCGCCAUCUGAUCUACCCAGUGCCAGAAAGUGGUGGACUGGGAGUCCAUGCAACCCUCGACAUGACAGGCCACGUACGCUUUGGACCAGACGUGGACUGGACUGGUGAAAUGCAGUACACUGUCAAUGCUUCGAAAGCGCAAGAAUUUGCCUCUCGCAUUGCCGCGUACUGGCCAGCGAUGGCCCACCACGACCUCGUCCCCGACUACUGCGGUAUCCGCCCAAAACUAGGCGGCCCCCACGACGCAGACUUGGAUUUUAUGCUGGCUGACGCCUCCCACCAUGGCAUGCCAGGUCUGGUGCAUUGCUGCGGCAUCGAAUCCCCCGGCUUAACGUCGUCGCUUGCGAUUGCGGACGAAGUGUUGGCGCGCCUUGGGCUUACUCACGUCGAUCGCAGCAGUUGCAGCAACUUUCCCAACGUGGCUAUGAUGGCUUUGUUUUGA